CUGUGCGACUUAUCAACCACAGGAUUACCUUACUCAAACAAAUUUAUUUAUUUAAACAUUUCCUGCAACCUUGGGCAACAAAAACAAUAGGUCUGGAUUUUUAUAAGGAAAGUCGUCCCCGCUUUGAUUUAUUCGUAUUCCCGAGAUGGCACCUGUAACCCAAGUCCAGAAGAAAGUUUUAGACCAACAAGCGGUUGAAAACUUCCGCGAAUAUUUGCGAAUCCCAUCAGUGCACCCAAACAUUGACUAUGAACCCUGCGUCAAAUUCCUCGAGAAGCAGGCCCGAGGUUUGGGCCUCCCCAUCAAAGUGUACCACGUGGUGCCCAAAAAACCCAUCGUGGUUAUAUCAUGGGUGGGUACCGAGCCCUCUUGGCCGGCAAUCAUGCUGAACAGCCACAUGGACGUGGUGCCAGUUUUCGAGGAUAAGUGGACCCAUAAACCAUUCGGGGCCGAAAUAGACCAGCAGAAUCGCAUCUAUGGAAGAGGCGCCCAAGACAUGAAAUCGAUAGGUAUCCAGUAUUUGGAGGCUGUGAGGAGGUUGAAACAGCAAGGGGUGGCCCUGAAACGCACCCUCCACAUCUCCUUCGUCCCAGAUGAGGAGACUGGAGGUAUUGAUGGGCUACAAAAGUUCGUCCAUACUAAGGACUUUCAAAAACUGAACAUUGGAGUGACGCUUGACGAAAGCGUGGCGAGUCCCAACGAGGAAUGUGUCGUGUUUUAUGUCGAGCGGUGCAUUUGGCAAUUCAAAAUCCAUUGCACCGGAAAUCCGGGACACGGAUCCCUACUCCUGGAAAACACAGCCGGGGAGAAAGUUUCCUACAUUUUGAACAAAAUGUUCGAAUUCAGAAACGGAGAAGUGCAGAAAUUGAAAAACAACCCGAAUAUGAUGCCUGGGCAAGUGACGGCACUGAAUUUGACUCAGAUGACUGGAGGUGUCCAGACCAAUGUGGUGCCUCCGGAAUUUAUCCUAACUUUCGACUGUCGUAUCACACCAGAGGCGGAUUUUGAUCAGUUCGAAGCAACUCUUCGGCAAUGGUGCAAGGAAGCCGGUCCUGGAGUUACAAUCGAAUUUGAACUCAAACAAUCAAAGAUUCCCCCAACAAAACUGGACGAUUCUAACCCAUACUGGAUCGCAUUCAAGAAAGCCACAGAUAAAUUGGGACUUAAACUCAAGGUGGAAAUAUGUCAGGGGGCUACUGACGCACGAUAUGUGCGAAGUGUUGGACUGCCAGGAAUAGGCUUUUGCCCAAUGAACAAUACCACCGUUUUGCUCCACAACCAUGAUGAGUACUUGAGUGUUGAAACUUUCCUCAAAGGGAUAGAAAUUUAUUCAGAAAUUGUGACUUCGCUCGCAAACAUCGAACAUGAAACCAAAAAUUUUAGUCGUAAGAUGUCUUCAUUGUCAGCUGUUCAGAAAGACGCGUUGGACACACAAGCUGUCAACAAUUUUCGUGAAUAUUUGCGGAUUCCUUCCGUACAUCCGGACGUUAACUACGAUGCCUGCGUCACAUUCCUCGAAAACCAGGCCAAAGGCUUGGGCCUUCCCGUCAAAAUCUACCACGUAGUGCCCAAGAAACCCAUCGUGGUGCUGACAUGGGUUGGAACCCAGCCCCACUUACCAUCAGUCCUCCUCAACAGCCACAUGGACGUGGUGCCCGUUUUCGAAGACAAGUGGACCCAUAAGCCCUUCAGUGCCGACAUAGACGAGCAAAAUAACAUCUAUGCAAGGGGCACCCAAGACAUGAAAUGUGUGGGAAUCCAAUAUUUGGAAGCUGUGAGAAGAUUAAAACAGCAAGGGGUGACUCUCAAGCGAACAUUGCAUAUUUCUUUCGUCCCUGAUGAGGAAAUUGGGGGUGAAGAUGGGAUGAGAAAGUUCGUUCAUACAAAGGAGUUCAAGGAUUUGAACGUUGGGUUUGCUUUGGACGAAGGGAUGGCGAGUCCGAAUGAAGAGUUUGCGGUUUUUAAUGGGGAGAGGUGUAUUUGGCAUUUACACAUCCACUGCCCCGGCCAGCCAGGCCAUGGCUCCUUGCUCCUGGACAACACAGCGGGAGAAAAAGUCACCUAUCUUUUAAACAAAUUUUUCGAAUUCAGAAGACAGGAAAAAAAGAAACUCAAAGACAAUCCUAGCCGGACCAUCGGUGACGUCACGACAGUCAAUUUGACCCAAAUGACAGGCGGCGUACAAACUAACGUAGUGCCCCCUGAAUUCGUCAUCGCCAUCGACUGCCGCAUUCCCCCCGAAACCGUCGACAUAAAAAAAUGGGAGGAGACCAUCAACCAGUGGUGCAAGGAAGCCGGGCCUGGAAUCUGGAUCGAGUACGAGCAAAAACAGGCCCAAAUUCCGCCCACUAAGGUCGAUUCCUCUAAUCCCUUCUGGGUGGCUUUUAAGGAGGGAACAGACAAAUUGGGCCUAAAACUCAAAACCCAGAUAUUCCCAGGGGGCACCGACAGCCGCUACGUGCGAGGUAUCGGCAUACCAGCGAUUGGCUUUUCGCCUAUUAAUAACACCCCGGUUUUGUUACACGACCAUGAUGAGUAUUUGGGAGUCAACACGUUUUUAAAAGGUAUAGAAAUCUAUUGCAAAAUCCUGAUUUCUGUUGCAAAUGUGGAGGACCGAUCAGGGUAAAGGGCUUUUUGAUGUUAUUGAGUUGAGAGUUUAAUAAAAUAUCUUCUGGUGCAAUAAAAA